CUAUUACUUAAAUUUUUUGUUUUACUUGCUUACAUAUUUUUAAAUAACGAUACUAUCCAUCAAUAAUUUAUUAAUAAAAAUCUUACUUAAAUCAUACAAAAUCUCUAAAACUCAUUUACAAAAAGACUAAUGUCAGUCGCAGCCUAAAAUUGGACGAAUGUGUUGAAAAAAUAACGAUACUAUCCAUCAAUAAUUUAUUAAUUAAAACUAUACUAAGAAGAAACAAAAUCUCCAAAAUUCAUUUACAAAAAGUGUCAGUCAUAUAGCCUAAAAUUAGCCGAAUGUGUUGAAAAAUAUAAUAAACCGGAAAUCCCACUCUUACUUUUGACAAGCAAAUUACCAAUGAGCCCUGGAAUCACAAAACGACAAAACAGUACGAGAUUUGCUAACAACUUCGCCGCCAUAAGGGCAAACUCGUCAAUUCAAUGGUCCAACCCAAAUCCCCAAUGUCACGUGAUAAUAUCACGGUGAUAUAUAUAUAUAUAUAUAUAUAUAUAUGUAAUAAGAAAAUAAAAUAAAAACCAUCUCCUCUCCUCUCUUCUCUUUUCUCUUUUCGUCGUCGUACUAGUCUCUUUGCAGUCAUGGCAAUAACCGCAUACGACGCCCUCACGGAGAGGAAAAAACCGGCCAAGAUCAUCAAUUUUAGCGAUUCCGCCUCCUCUUCCUCCUCUUUAGUUGACCUUUCGUCGACUACUUUCCUCGACAGCAUCAGAUCGCUUCUCAGCGACUACGCCGCGACAGAAGAUUACACCGUUCACGGCAACACCGUCUCCUGUAUCUUCCUCUACAGCGAAGAGACCGGCGCCGUGUUCCCUCUUUUCACCGUCGAAGAACGAAUCUCCGAAGGCGAUUUAUCUCAUAAUCUUCUCUGCGAUGUUUGUAGAUGCGUCGGUUGGGGUCAUCAUUACGUGACCAAGAGAAAGUAUCAUUUGAUAAUCCCGAGGAUUGAUAAAUGGAAGGAGCCAUUGACGAGAGAGACCAUUAAGGCUAGCACGCAUUUGAUGCAUGGUGUGAUUCACUGCAAUGGCUUUGGUCACUUGCUAUGCAUCAACACUGAUGAUGCUUUUCGUAAUUACUUCUCUGGCGACCAAAUCAUGCACCUUUGGGACCGUCUUUGUUCAACUCUUCACACUAGGAAGAUUUCACUGGAUGAUAUAUCGAGGAAGGGAUCGAUGGAUCUGAGGCUGCUCCAUGGUGUUGCAUAUGGUAGACCAUGGUUUGGGAAAUGGGAUUACAUGUUCUCUCAUGGAAGCUUUGGGAUCAGAAAAGAACAAUACAGUCGAGCUAUUUGCAUUCUUAGCUCCAUGGAAGUUGACAAGAUAAAGGAAGAUUUCUCCGGAACAAGAAAAGAGAGACUGAUAAAGAUGAUAAUCAACUUCUACAUAGAAUCAAGUAAAACCCCAUUGGUCACUCUCUCUGAGUUGCUUCAGUUCAUGCUUGCCUUCGCUUCUAAAGCUCCCGUUGAAAGAACCACUGCAAUGUCAUUAGUAGCAAUGUCUUCAAAUCAUGUUUCAAACCCGAUUCCUGAAGACGAUGGGGACACUUCUGAUAGCUCUUUUACCUCAUCCCCUGAUGAUAAGGAGGAAUCAGAUAAUAAUGAAAAUGAUUCUGACGCAGACGAUGUCCUAGUCGAUCAAGAUACCACAAUGGUGGGCAUGGUUCCCCCAAAGUAUAAUUCAUUUGAUGCUAUGGCCAGGGGAGAAGAUGCUAGAUGGUCUGCAAAGAGGUUGAGUAACGCAGCUCAAGCUGUUCUCAAAGUUUUCAACGAGAGAAACAACAGCGUCAUUACUCGCCAAGAGCUACGUGAAGCUGUUAGAGGCAGCAUUGGUGAUACAGGGUUGAUUGACUUCUUGCUCAAACACAUUGACAAGGUUCUAAUAGGAGACCAAAUAGUUCAGAGGUUCACAAACCCUGAAUCGCGGAUGCUACAAUUCUCCCUAAGGAAAAUAACUCCCCCUGCUCUAGAGCGAGAAGCGAAAAAGAGAAGGAAAACUCAAGAAACUGAUGAAUGGAGAUCAACCACUCCUGGACUAGAUCCUUACGAAGACAUUCUCUAUCUGUAUCAGAAUCUCUUGCUAUCUUAUCCUGAUACAGAGGUAUACAGUGAUGCCUCUGAGGUUAUCUUGAACUGCAAGGGCUUUGUGAAAGAGUGGCCCUUACUCUCUCACCAGGAAAAGAACUCUUUAACAGUAAGCUGCCAAGUCUUGCCCAAUCACGAAGAGGUACUCAGAGACUUCACCAGGAAACUACCCCCUGGAGAACUCGUGAUGGUUCCUCAAAACGCAACCAUCAGAGAACUUAAGUCUGCAGCAGAGAAAGCUCUGAGGGACACUUACUUCGUCAUGGAGAAUUUUGAAGUGUUGGAGAUCAGAAAGAAAGACCUUGAGAAGAUUGAUGAGACCUCUGGUGUAAAGUCAGAUGGUAAUAAGAUUAUGAUGACAGAGUUUCUGGUAACAGGGUUUGGUCUGGAUACAGGGACAGAGCUAAGGUAUGAAGGCGGGUUUGAUGACUGGACCGUUGAGUGCAGAUGCGGUGCUAGAGAUGAUGACGGCGAGAGAAUGGUGGCUUGUGAUGCUUGCAAGGUUUGGCACCACACUAAGUGUCAUUCCAUAGAAGAUGAUGAAGUUGUGCCUCAGGUGUUUUUAUGUAAUAGAUGUUUUGGAGAUAGCGUAAGAUCCAAGAAACGCAGUGUUGCCAAUCGCUAGCACUUGCAUAGCCAAGUGUUUUGGAGAUCGCUUGCGACCCAAGAAGUGCGGACUUUCCCUAAUAUAUUUUAACAUAAACCAUUGAUUAUAUUAAUUAACAUGCAUAGCUGGUGUUUUGGAGAUCGCUAUGAUUGAUCGUACAUUGUUAUGGUGAACAUUUCCAAACCAUUGAAUACUUUAACCA